CGAGUAGUCGCGCGGCACGUUUACGUGAUUCAUGUGUGGUCAGAAAUUGCACCAAGAUUCAAUUUAAAGGAAGGGAAAACAAAGUGAAUUCUCUUCCAUCCUAAACCUCGGCGCGCGGCUGCAUCCUCAACUCUAAAGGCUUAACAAGACAAGAUACAGUACAGGAGCAAAAAAGAAAGGACAUCUCUUCAUGGCGAAUCCCAGAAACGGGAAUGAGGUGAAAGUAGAAGAAGUGGCAAGAGUGGAGGAGAGGAAGUACUUCCAGAAAGUGCUGGACGACAUCGUGGGGCUCAACUCGUGGUUCACGGUGGCCAUGUUCGUCGGCCUCUCGCUGGCGAACCCCGGUCAGGUCCACAGCCUCGAGGAGGACCGGCCUGAGUGCGACCCCGAUGCGAAGCUCCGCAAGCGGCUCAUCUUCUACGAGAUCUCGUCCUUCAGCUUCUUCAUCUUCUCGGGCUUCCUGGGGAAGACCGUGAAGAUCGUCCUCUACAUCUACGAGAGGAUGCAGUACGCGAACCCUCACAGGCAGACGUUCAGCCUCGUGGCGUUCUACCUGGCGAUAUACGGGACCGUGACUGGGUGCUUGUUCUUGCUCCUGGCAAUGGUCGACGUGGUUCAGAUCAAGCUCGGGAAGUUGUCGUGCGGAAGCGACUACGCGGUGCGCACGGUGACCGUGCUGGUGGGAGCAGUCGGAGUGGCUCUAAUGAUAUACUUCUUCACGGUGUCGUAUGGUAUGCUGUUCACAGAGAGACCCAUACGCAAAGAUAGUCCUCCUAGAGAUCCUUAAAACCAUGUUCGAAAACUUUGUAAGCUUCAUAAGACUUAUUAUCA